AUGCCCGACAGAUCACACUCCCAGAAAAGCCCAAUGACUCCAACCAGGCAGGAUUUUGGUGGGCCGCUUCCACUCCCCUGUGAGUUGGGCACUGCCAGCAUGGACUGCAGCAGUGGGGGGAAAGAAACCAUGCUGCUCUGCUUGGCAGGCGGAGACCCUUUUCGGCCAGUGGAGCCCCCUAAGAAGGCAAUGGGGAGACUGGUUAUGCACAGCAUGGCCAUGUUUGGCCGAGAGUUCUGCUAUGCUGUGGAGGCUGCCUUUGUCACGCCUGUGUUGCUCAGUGUGGGGCUCCCCAAAAGCCUUUAUAGCCUGGUGUGGCUUAUUAGCCCCAUCCUUGGUUUUGUGCUGCAGCCUGUGGUAGGCUCGGCCAGCGACUACUGCACUUCCGGUUGGGGCAAGCGAAGACCUUACAUCCUGGCCCUUGGCAUUAUGAUGCUGGUGGGGAUGGCUUUGUACCUCAACGGAGACGCAGUAGUCUCAGCUUUGGUUGCAGACAGAGGCACCCAGAGGACUUGGGCUAUAGUGAUUACCAUGCUGGGAGUGGUGCUCUUUGAUUUUGCUGCUGACUUUAUUGAUGGUCCCAUCAAGGCGUAUUUAUUCGAUGUCUGCUCUCACCAGGACAAAGAGAAAGGGCUCCAUUAUCAUGCCCUCCUGACAGGUCUGGGAGGGGCCCUUGGCUACCUUACAGGUGCUAUUGAUUGGGAGCAUACUGUCCUGGGAAAAUAUCUGGGAUCAGAAUUCCAGGUGAUGUUCUUUUAUGCAGCUCUUGUGUUCCUGAUCUGUCUUACUGUACACUUGUGCAGUAUUCCUGAAACAUCUCUCGCCAUCAAGGUAGAAUCUGAAGCCCUGCUAAAAGCAGCUCCACCCUAUCAAUAUGGCUCCAUAGGAAAAGUCAAGAAUGAUUAUUUGAACAGUGGAUAUAAUGAAAUAGGUAUUUUAUCUCAGCAAGGGAAGCCCACCAUAAAACAAGACAUUCAGGUUCGGAGGCAGAUGACCAUUAAGUCCCUCCUAAAAGCACUUUUAAGCAUGCCCUCCCACUACCGCUGUUUGUGUGUGAGCCAUUUGAUGGGAUGGACAGCUUUCCUUUCCAACAUGCUCUUCUUCACCGAUUUUAUGGGGCAGAUUGUGUUCAAUGGUGAUCCUUACGCACCUCAUAACUCCACAGCUUAUCUAACCUACGAGAGGGGGGUAGAGAUUGGAUGCUGGGGGAUGUGCAUCAAUGCAAUUUCUUCCUCACUUUAUUCCUAUUUGCAGAAAGCCCUUCUACCUUACAUUGGAUUAAAAGGACUUUACUUCAUUGGAUACCUGCUUUUUGGACUGGGCACUGGGUUUAUCGGACUCUUUCCCAAGGUGUAUUCUACUUUGGCUCUGUGUUCCCUCUUUGGUGUAAUGUCCAGCACAUUAUACACCGUACCAUUCAACCUCAUUGCUGAUUAUCACAAGGAGGAAGAAUGUCAGAUGGGAGGAGGUGAAGAGCACAGCCGAGGAAAGGGAGUGGACUGCGCUGCCCUCACUUGCAUGGUUCAGCUGGCCCAGACCAUUGUUGGGGUGGGCCUGGGCUUCAUGGUCAGUGCCGCUGGCAGUGUGGUGGUGGUCGUGAUCUCCGCCUCUGCAGUUGCUUUAAUGGGUUGCUGCUUUGUAGCGUUCUUUGUGCGUUACGUGGAAGGAAACAAUAAAUAGUUGAUGCUCGGGAAAAGCUGUGGUCUUUGACAAAGGGUGGGGCACUGUUGUUCUCUGGUUAUAUUUAUAUGGUACUGCAUCCAUACUGAUCUUUUCUGUAGCAACUCUUUUCUUUCUUUGUGUUUGUGCUGGGAACAUUUGUGGGCACCAGUUCUCCCACACAGUUUGGGCCCCUCUAUGCCAUGGACUUAAACCAGCUUAAAAGGCAUCCCUCCUCAAGGAAUUAUGCCUUCUGCAUUUCUGUGGUGGGGACUGGGAGUCUUUAACAAACCGGGAUGGGCUAAUUUCAGUCUUGCCCAGUCUUCUUUUCUUUUCUUUUUUUAAAAAAACCAAGAACCCCAGAGGUCCACUGGUGAGUUUUCCAGUUUACAAAGCCACAGUGCAUAUUUAGGCUUUCAUUAGGGGGGUUUCCAAAUUGGGGCUUAAGAUUGCAAAUGGGUUGUUCAGAAAGCACAAACAGGUAAUUAGCAACAGGUUUUUUUAAAGAAAAAACCUCACUGCAUUUCCUUCAGAAAGAGUAAAUCCAGAUUAAAUGAAGGAAUAUGGGUUGGCAUUUUGAUGCCAAUGACGUUGUGUGGACACUGCAAAAUGCUUGCAUGCAUGAAGAGCACUGAUUCCACAAUAAACACCUGUCUGAUAGCACCCUUAUACUGUUAAGGCGUAACUCAUCUGUGUUAAGCAGUCCUGAGUGUGUGCUCUUGUUUCAGAAUUGUCUUGUUAAAUCAGACCAAAAUACAUCUAGACCAGCAUUUUUUUUGAACCAGUAGAUGCCAUAGCUCAAUGGCAGAGCACAUAUUUGGCAUGCAAAAUGUCCUGGGUUCAGUCCCUGGCAUCUCCAGAUAGGGCUAGAAAAGACUGUCUGGAAUCCCAGAGAACGUCUGCCACCCCAUAAAUUUAAAGCACUCACAUAGUACUUAGACAGUCAUGGCUUUCCCCAGUGGCGUCACUAGGGUUGGUGUCACCCGGUGCGGUAACUCAUGGUGUCACCCUCAUGGACCUCCUCCCGUAUCAGACCAUACAGAAUCCUUAGUAAUGUUUUUUGUACUAAUGUUACUCGUAAAUCGUAAUUCCCAUAUAUCACUGAAUGUAAUGGCAAUAGUAGUGACGUA